AUAUUGUUCAACAGUACUAAACCUAGACAAAUGGAAAUGAAGAAGUUUCUUUUGGUUGCUGCUCUUUCACUUGCUUUGGUGAUUGGGGUGGCUGAGAGCUUUGAUUACCUUGAGAGAGACUUGGCCUCGGAGGACAGCUUGUGGGAUUUGUACGAGAGGUGGAGGAGCCACCACACGGUUUCGAGGAGCCUUGAUGAGAAGCACAAGCGGUUCAAUGUGUUCAAGGAGAAUGUCAAGCAUGUCCACAACAGCAACAAAGAAGACAAGCCUUAUAAGCUGAAACUGAACAAGUAUGCAGACAUGACCAACCACGAGUUCAGGAGUGCUUAUGCUGGCUCCAAGGUUAAGCAUCAUAGGAUGCUCCGAGGCCAGCGAAGCGGUGAUGGGGCGUUCAGGUACGAGAACGUUGCCAGUGUCCCGCCGUCUGUUGACUGGAGAAAGGACGGUGCUGUCACACCAGUUAAGGAUCAAGGCCAAUGUGGUAGUUGCUGGGCGUUUUCAACGGUUGUAGCUGUUGAGGGCAUCAACCAGAUUAAGACAAAGAACCUUGUUUCAUUAUCGGAGCAAGAGUUAGUUGACUGUGACACUAAAGAGAAUCAAGGAUGCAAUGGAGGGCUAAUGGAAUUGGCGUUUGAAUUCAUCAAACAAAGGGGAGGCCUAACGACUGAGACAAACUACCCUUACAAAGCUACUGAUUCAAAAUGCAAUGCUGCAAAGGAAAACACUCCAGCAGUGUCAAUAGAUGGCCAUGAAUCCGUGCCUGCUAAUAAUGAAGACGAAUUGCUCAAAGCAGUUGCAAACCAACCUAUCUCUGUUGCCAUAGACGCUGGAGGUCCUGAUUUUCAAUUCUAUUCAGAGGGAGUAUAUGAUGGAAAAUGUGGCACUGAGCUGGAUCACGGAGUUGCAAUUGUGGGAUACGGAACAACACUCGAUGGAACCAAGUACUGGAUAGUCAAGAACUCCUGGGGCGCUGAGUGGGGAGAGAAGGGUUACAUAAGGAUGGCUCGUGGCAUCGCCGAGAAGGAGGGAAAAUGUGGAAUAGCAAUGGAGGCCUCGUACCCCAUCAAGAACUCUUCAACCAAUCCUACAGGACCAUCUACCUCCUACCCUAAGGAUGAACUCUAAACAAAUGAUACACAAUUUACUAGCUUUUUCUGAUAUUGCUUCUGUUCUAGCAUAAAAUUUCAUGAGUCUGGCCUCAUGACCAAAUAAUAUAAGUUUCUUUCACAUUGCAGAACUGGAUUUAUUUCUAAGAUCUGUAGUUUGUGAUUUACAAAAUUUAUUUUGUCA